AUGGCGUUCUCCAUGUUUCUUCGUACAUCAGGAUGCCAAAGUCGAAUGUUCACCCAACAAGCUAUGAGGCUAGCGACCCAGCCAGCAAUUACACAACGUAUGAUCUCCAGCUCAUUGCCUAUUAGAAAUAUAAUGAAGGAUACUAAAACGACGCCCAUAUUGAAUGCUAUUCGUUCAUUCCGUACGUCUUGCGUGCGCCGGUCAGCGGAGAAGGUCGAGGACCACUCCAGGCUCUGGGUCAUUGAGAGAGUGGUUUCUGCUGCACUGGUCCCAUUGAUUCCGUUAGCCCUCAUGAUGCCGAACAAACUAUUCGACUCUCUCCUGGCGAUACUGAUCACCGCUCACAGUUUCUGGGGCCUGGAAGCGAUCGCGGUCGACUACGUGCGCGCUAGUAUAUUUGGUCCUAUUUUACCCAAAAUUGCCAUAGGCCUGGUGUAUCUCAUCUCCAUUGCAACACUGGGAGGCUUGUUUUACAUCAUCAGCCACGAUGUCGGCAUCGCCAAUGGCAUCAGACAGUUCUGGGCCAUCAGAUCGGACGCACAGAAGUCAUAAGUUCCUUUUUUUUUGUCGUUUUACGGAAUGGUAAAAGAAUAAUAAUCGAAAUCGCCUAUACUAUCCGCUUAUUGAGUUUUUAAUUGGAAGGUGGUGACGCAGCAACCGUCCUUGUUGCAUUAGCGAUCGAACGGUAACAGAGCUGAUGCUGAGAUCUGAACUGAAAAUUUCUGUUUUGUGUGUGACAUUGUUUAGUGUCAAAAUGGGAGAAGGUUGACGACAACAGCAAACUGAAGUUUUCAAUCCGUAUUUCGGUAACGGCUUCACGUAUAAUUGUUUGCCUUAGUUUAAUAUUUUUUUGGUUUUUAUUAGUGACAUAAAACUAAAGUUGACGUUAGCAAAGUUUAUUCGUCUUCUGUUUUAGAAAAUCUGGUAAUUUCUUAACUUGAAAACAUAAUGAUUUUAGUCGUUUUUUUAUUUGAAAAAACAACAUUUGUUCAUAUGCGAAAGCAAAAUAAAGAAAAUGUAGUAAAAUCAUACAUUUAAAAAUACCAAUAAAACUUGGAUGCUUUUAUUGUUGGCAACACACUCUCAAUGUAGGGCAAUGUAUAAUCAGGAAAUAAAAAGAAAUAAAAUCAUUUUAUUUGAUUAGCUCGGUUAUUUUAAAAUGUAACGUCCCUUUUAAUAAAUUAUGAGCUUAUUUUAAGUGACAAGAAUCACUAUAAAAUUAUACAGUUGUUACGUUAAUUUUUAAGGAUUUUUUUCCCCCUUUUUUAAUUCAUUUUACAAAGAUGAAAAAUUCAGCAUAGCUGCUAGUUACGGUUUCUACGACGUGAGUGAAUUUAAAUAUAUUUCAAAACGCUGCGUAGAUGUGAUUAAACAGUAAGCAAUAAUUGCUGAAUGAAAUCUAUUGACAGUUCAGUUCUAACUUGUACGUUAGGCAAAGUUUUUUAUUUUCUUUUAUUCCCGUCCUUUGUUUAAUGAAAUUAUUAAUUUUAAAGUUAAUUUUAGAUAUUGCCAGGCAAUAAAUGUUACCACGCUUAAAAAAUUUAAACUACCACUUGAUUAAAACUUACGAUCUCCCAACUUCUCGAGUAGUUUUAACUGUUUAUUUUUUAGGUGCUAUUUUGACCGUUUGACGAUUUUUUUUUAAUUCGACAUUUUGACCGCGAGACCAUUCCGUACAUUUUGUUUGACUUCGAACACGUUUCGAGAUUUAAUUGACAUUGUACUUAAUAAAAUUAUGCUAUAAAUGCACGUUUUAUUGAAAUGAUAUCAUAAAAAUUAAUUGAUGUAUUUUCCUCCCGAUCCGUAUUGUGGACACAUUGUAAUGUGGAUUAAUUUAUUAUUAGUAAUAAAACAAGUUUAAAUGUU